UUUUCAGAUCAAAAGGAGCAUUUCACUGGAUACCGGUGGUCCUACUUCUCGUCUCUAAACGAGGGGCCCCUAAGAUCACGGGCCCAAAGGUUCCUGGAAUCUAUCAACUGGACUUCACUCAUCCAACGUGCCUCUGCGCAGAGGAACGGGUUGGAUUGCCGAUUACUCCCGGACGUUGGCCUGGGAUACAAUCAUAUGGUCCGAGCCAUUGAAUUCGCAGACCAUAUACGAUGCAUGGUCAGACUCCGGAUGCCACCGUUGACCAAGAAGACGACGAAGCAGCAAAAACACGGACAAUAAUAGAGAGUGAGUGCCGAAUGAUCAGUCUUGUUCAAAGAGAGAGCAACAUCCCUCUUCCGCAUGUCUAUCUAUUCGAGGCCGACCCAUACUCCAGUGUUGGGGCACAGUUCAUACUCAUGGGCUGCCUCAGAGGCAAUGCCGGCAUAGACUUGAGCAUCAAUCUUCCCCCGGAACACAAGCUGGACGUUUACGCCCAAAUAGCCGAAAUUCAGCUUGAUCUGUUUCAUAUUCGAUUGCCGAAAAUCGGGAAAGUUGCCGGGAUCAACGAGGAUGGGACCUACCGGCAAGGACCGUUACCCAUUCUCGGGGGUCCGUUCGACACUGCGGCGGAGUUUUUCAGAGCCUGGUCUACUAAAGUGGAAUUCGGUCUCUCCGAAGGUCAACUUCGAGACACCGCGGGCCCAUACGCUGAGGAAAUCUCACUUUCUCUGUCGGCUUUUCGAGAAUGGGUGAACGACAACGCGAAGAGUCUGUCAGUCAAUAACACAGGUCCGUUUCCCUUAUGUCAUGGUGAUUUUGGACACAACAAUAUGGUGUUCGACGAUACUUACCGCUUGCUGGGUGUCAUUGAUUGGGAGACGGCAUUCGCCGGGCCAUACGAAGUAUCGUGUGAAUUUCCUCUGUCUAUGUCGGUGGUUCCCCCUGCUAUGGAUGUUCCAUGGAAGUAUGAUGAGAUGGGUUGUCCGAAGGACCCAGACGAGAGGCAAAAGUUUGCCGACAGGGCAAGCUACAUCGCCAUUGUGCGAUAAAAGGAACAGGAACGUGGGCUAACUGAGAGAUAUAGCUGUCAUACUUUAGCAGAACAUGCAUUGAGCAGGGCUUUAUUCAACGUUCUAAUUGAAAUUUUGUUUGGACAUUGGAAUUCGAUGCGGGCCUUAUGGCCGGUAGCCAUAUAAACUAGAACAGCU